AUGAAGUUUCAUUUGUAUCUAGGAGAAGCGGCGGAACUCUUGGCGGACGCUGCAGACAGUGAACAAGUGGAGGUCCAGGAACAGGUCAAACUCAUUUCUCACGAAUGUUUCAUAUAUUGGGACAAUCUGCGUCAAGUCCGAUUGCCACAGGGACUUCAAGUCAUUGAACAAGCCGCCUUUGCCUACUGCAAAUCCUUGCUGGAGGUACACAUCCCAUCGUCUGUCAAGGUCUUGCAAGACAUGGCCUUUGUGGAUUGUUCCAGUUUGACCACCGUCUGGCUUUCCGAUGCCAUUCAAGUUUUGGAACAAUCCUUGUUUGAAAACUGCGUCUCUUUGAAAGAUGUCCACCUGCCGUUGGCAUUGACUACCAUUAAGGAAUCUUGUUUUGCGUCUUGCAAAUCCUUGCGAUCCUUGCGUUUGCCACAUGGUCUCCAACGAAUUGGUGAUUGGGCCAUGGCACGCUGCUUUUGUUUGACGAGUCUUACCUUGCCCGCGACUGUCGACCAUUUGGGACGAUAUUGUUUUCAACAGUGUGCCCAGUUGCUGUCGCUCGAAUUUCCCAUGGGAUUGUCCUUCAUUGGGGACCAUUGCUUUGUGGAUUGUUCCAAUUUGCGAAGUAUGAUCAUUCCGGGAGCCUUUGAAUUUGCGGGAUCCUAUCCAUUGUUGGAUCGAAGCCUAUUGAAGAUUGGUUUCCAAGACUACGUCCAAGGUGACUCCUACGAAGAUGAAACCUUGGUCCGACUCUUGAACAAUCGAUUUGAAAGUCUACCCAUACACGAUGCCUGUUAUCACCUGUCCCAACACCAACAUACCGCUGAUUUUGAUGAUGAUUCUAAUUCUACUGGUUCGUUGAAGCACUUGCAAGACAUAGUCAAGGAGGUCUACUCCAAAACCAAAACGGACAAUAAGUGGAACAACCUUCAGGCUUGGAUUACUGGAGUGGAUGGAUUCGGAAUGAAUCCAUUGCACUUGCUCUGUUUGUCGGGGGCUCCCAAUGCAAAAGCCUUGCAACUGUUACUAGAUGAGUAUGCUACUGCUACAACUGCUUCUGCUGAUAUUGCUAAAAAUCGUCACCAUCAUCAUCAUCAUGAACAACAAGAAGCUGCCCAUUCUAGCAUGUUGCAUGACAAGGACAUUUUUGGAGGGACACCAUUGGCCUAUUUGUGUUGGAAUCAUCAAGCAAAUGACAGCCAGAAACUGUGCCAAGCCGUGUUUGACAGCCUGAUUGUGAAGACACGAUUGCCACAAAUUAGAUUGAAGGCAUGGAAGCAAGUCAUUAGCAAAAAGAUGUCAUAUGCUUUAGAACAUUGGGAUGAUGAUGAUGAUGAUAAAGACAAUUGUGAUACUGUUACCAAAGAACAUCACCACAACUAUUGUGAUCGGCUAGAGCUUGUGGCAAGAGUCUUCUUUGCCUUGGAAUAUCACGAACGAAAAGAAUCCUUGUCACUGCUGGAAUGUUGGCUUUGGAAACUACAAUUGCAAGGGAAUGAUCAUCUUGAUUCCUCAUCACCGUCGUCAUUGGCAAGAAUAGAACAAACAGAUCAUCAGCAAGAGGACCGCCAGCAGUGUCGCAUUCAUUGCGGAGCUGAUGUUGUGAUUCCCAAUGUUCUCUCCUUUCUUCCACCGUUGAAAGAAGGCAAAUAUCUAAAGGAAUUCACUACAAAAUAG